AUGGAGCCUAUAUGGUCAAGAGAAAAUAUACGUGCACUACAGAAUUUGCUUACAGAUCCUGAAGAAAGAGAAAAUGGUAGUGAUCAUGACGAUGCUGUCACUCCAAUGUCUAAAAUAAAACCAAGCGAUAUUGGUCCCAAGCCUAAAUCUAAUGUUAAAAAGGAAAAACCUAUUCAGAAAGCAAAAAAUCCUGAUGAUAUCUGGGAUGCUGAUAAAUACCAGAAGGAACACAAUAUGAAGAUAUAUAUGAUCCGCGACCUCAGCCUAAAUAUGAGAUAA